AUGGCUUCCCUCGUCUCAACGUCUCUUAGUAGGGUUCGUACCACGCCCGAUACUACUGGACGAGCGGUUGAAGAGGCCAUUCAAACCUUCAAACACGCAUUGAAAAGCAAUGGUCUUAAAAGCGAACUUGAAGAAUUUGAACAGGAGGACAGGAUCCCCUCUGUAGAUGCUGUUUUGACAUUUACAGCCCAGCUGGAUUCAGCGAACGCAUUCAGACGGGGACGUAGCAUUGCUACGCGACUGCAUCCUGUUCUCGAGUCAGUUCGGCAGUAUACCGCAAUCGUUGAUACCUUCGUCUCAUCCGAUCCCAAGAUCCCCGCCCUCAUUUGGGGCAGCAUCAAGACCACUUUGAAGUUUGUAUCGAACUAUAUUUCGUACUUCGAACCAUUCACAGCGCUCUUUAUCAAGAUAAAAGCAUACUGUCCAGUCUUUGACGAAUAUCGAGUCCUAUAUCCCACGUCCAAAGAACUCAAGAAAGCUCUUUGUGACUUCCACGCCUCGAUUAUUCGCUGCUGCACCCAUAUUGUGCAGGUAAUCCAACAGUCGGGUAUUCAAAAGCUUUGGCAAGCUUUUCGGUCUUUUGAAGAAGAAUUUGAUGGCGACAAGCAGGAAAUGCAGAGGCAAGGCGACGUCGUAAGGGUCCAGAUAGACCUAGCGAAAGCUAAAGCAGAUCAUCAGUAUCAACAGAUGCAAGCAGAAGAACAGAAGCUUUUGAAACGGAAACUUGGAAAACUCGGCUCCAGUUCAAGGAAUCAAAAUGCCAGGCUUGAUGAAAUACGCCUGCAGCAAGCUAAGAGAGAAUCUGAGAGCGAAAUACAAAACUUGCUCAAGGGAUUAUCAUCAUUCGACCAUUUCGCUCCUUUUCGCGAGGCAUGCAAACGGCGAUGCCCGACGACGACCGAAUGGCUAUUUUCAACUUCUGAAUUUAUCCGAUGGGAAGGUUCUUCCAAUGUAAUAUGGGUUACUGGCAAAAUUGGAUCCGGGAAAACCAUCACCAGUGCAAGCUCGAUCCAGCAUAUACUAGCCAACAAAUCCGAAAGAGAUUUCGUCACUUACCAUUUCUUUCAGUACGGAAAUGCACGGUCACUCAAAGUAGGAACUAUGAUACGUUCGGUCAUUAGGCAAUCCCUUAAGCUCAUCACGCUAUCUCAAGAUCUAAUUGACGGAUUGAAGAAGAUGGAAACUGAAAAGUUUUCCUCUCAGAGUGAUCUGAUUGCCUUUCUUGGGCAAAUCAUUGGACUAUCGGAACGGUUCUACAUAUUCCUAGAUGGUGUAGAUGAGUGUGAGUUUGCCCAACAACACAUGCUUUUCGAUACCCUUCUCUCUCUUGUGCAUAGUCACAAAUCGACAAUCAGGAUUUUCAUCUCUGGUCGGGAAGCCUUAGCAGGUGAAUUGAGCAAGAGGUUUCCUAGCCUAGAGCAGAUAUCGGUGACAUCUGGUGAAGCGAAGUCUGAUUUGGGGCUAUACGUCGAAAGUAUGAUCCUGGACCGAUGCGAGAAAGGAAUAUUGGCGACUGGAGACCAAGGUCUUCUCGAGGAGAUCCAACAAGUACUGACUGAACAUGCGGACGGAAUGUUUCUCUGGGUAACAUUUCUCCUGGACGACCUAUGCGCACAGUAUUGUGACGACGAUAUCCGGAAAUGUCUCAAAACCUUACCCAAAAAUCUCAAGGAUACAUUCAAUCGUGUGCUCUCACGAAUAGUAGCGCAAGAUAGAGAUGGCCUUGUCAAAAAAGUCAUUCCUUGGCUAGCUGUGGCGGCAAGACCUCUCACUCUCGAUGAGCUCUGCGACGCCCUCUCUAUUGAAGUUGGUCAGAAACACGCGGAACGUGGGAGGAGGGUCAACGAUAAGGAACGCAUCCUCCUCUGGUGCGAAAAUCUGGUCCAUGUUGACGAGGAGGACGAAUCUGUCCAGUUUGCACAUCAUACAAUUUUUCAGUUCAUCACGGAAGGCUGUUCAGAUGCAAGAUUUGCCGAUUUUCACGUUCGCUUGGACGAGGCAGACCAUCUGACAGGAGAAAGGUGCAUGACAUAUCUUCACUAUGGCGACUUUCAGCAAGCUGUGGCUCGACGAGAGCAGACUCGUCUUCUCCAGCCUAGGUCGAUAGGACUUGUUGCCAUUGGUAGUCAUGGGAAGCGCUCAAAACUUGCCAGGCUCGUGAUGGAUCGGAACUCAGGCAAUCAAACUAAUGCUUGCAAGUACAACCUUAGCACACCUCAGAGUUAUCAAAAGAUCCGCACGGAGACACCUAUGGUAUCCUUGCAAGCCUCAUACCCAUUCUUAAAAUACGCAGUAGAGAAUUGGUUUUUUCAUACCGCCCUGUUCGAGGAGGGAAGAUCCUGCACGUGGAAUCUACUGCAAGGGAUGAUCAUCGAAGGUCACGAUUUAGCAGUGGAACCUUGGAUCGAAAUCGAUCUACCUCUGAUAAAGUCUUCGGGCAAUUCGCAACCAGUUCUACUGCAGAUAGGAGUAUGGGCCCUACGCCAUCAACACUAUGCGUUGGUCGCAAUAUGCUUGAAAAAAUUAGUAACCUGGGUGCCACGGGAGACGUGGGCUGUCCGCGGCAUAGUGGAAUGGAUAGCUAUUCCUGCCUUCUCCGGGAAUGCGAAAAUGUUGAACAUCGUGCUAGACAUCUUGUUGGAUGCCGCAACAGAAUAUAGAAUUUUCCGGGAAUUACCCCACCAGUUGCUGGGAGUAGCACCAAAAAGCGGCCGCGUGGAAGUGUUAUCAUCGCUCAUCACUGCCAUAGGGGAUGUAUACGCUGUUCGAGAUCAUGGCCGUGAAGCUCUCCAAACUGCCGCUGAAGAAGGCCAUCUCGGUAUUUUGGAGUAUCUUGUCAAUCUUCAAGUUGAUAUACAUACUGCUGCCGGCGUCGACGGCCUCACAGCUCUCCAAGCUGCCUCACUUGGAGGCCACCUUGAGAUUGUAAAAUGUCUACUGGCUCGAAGGGCUGAUAUAAAUGCCGCUCCCAGUCCACACGGCCUUACAUCUCUCCAGGCUGCCUCACUUGGAGGCCACCUUGAGAUUGUAAAGUUUUUAGUGGCUCGAAAGGCUGAUAUAAAUGCCGCUCCCACUUCAUAUGGCUCUACAGCUCUCCAGGCUGCCUCCCUGGGGGGGCAUCUUGAGAUUGUAAGGUUUUUAGUAGCUCGAAAGGCUAAUAUAAAUGCCGCUCCCAGUCCACACGGCCUCACCGCUCUCCAAGCUGCCUCACUUGGAGGCCACCUUGAGAUUGUAAAAUUUCUACUGGCUCGAAGGGCUAGUAUAAAUACUGCUCUGAGUCUACACGGCCUAACAGCUCUCCAGGCUGCCUCCCUAGGGGGGUACCUUGAGAUUGUAAAGUUAUUAGUUAGUCAAAAAGCCGAUGUUGCGUAUCGUAGCCUGAAUAGUGGGAAAACAGCUCUAGAUUAUGCUCACGACGGAGGUCAUUUUCGAGUAGUUGAACUUUUGGCUAUCUAUAGCUGUUAA